GUGUGUUGUGAGGGUUUGGCGUGAUGUUGAUGAUGCCAAGAGUGAAGUAAUAUUGUGUUUUAAAUAAGAGGGCGUACGUACUUUUCAGUCUUUGGGUACACCAUGUACAUUACAAGGUAAGAAUAAGUACCAAUCCUAAAUAUUUUGAAGGCUGGAAAGUCCAUAAAAUUGUCGAGAUAAUGUGGAGCCAGUACUUACUGGCAUUAACGUCAUUAUGGUGUCACCCGAGCUGUUUUUGGCUGUAGCUGAGUGAUGUGUUUAAAGUAGGCAUGUCCGAGGCCUAGUCGUAGCCGCUGUUGGUGCUAUUCUGCCAGGAAAAUUCUCACUUGUAAUGAAUAUAUUACGUAAUUGCUUAGAUUAUGUGACAUGAAGUAAUAAUUUGGCGGUUAAUUAUGAUACCCAGAAUUAUGAAGGUUUUAUUAUUUUUAUCGUGAGACUGACGCCAUACUUCGUCCUGAGACGAACGUAAGUUAUCUCGUGUUUGGAUUCUUCAAGGCCAAACUUUGUAAUCAGUUUGACUAUGUCGACAUUGCGCAAUAACACAACUUUUUUCAGUUGAAUGAGUAGGACUUCCUUAAAUUGACAUUUCGUCACGGCGUACUCGUUUGUUGGGUAUAUGCGAAGGAAACAGUUUCUAAUGAACAAUAUGAUACUGAUAGGAGAGAAGCACGGAUCUAAGUUAAGUUUACUUUUUCAAUUUAAAGAGAAAAAGGUGCUUCAAACGAAGUAAAUUAUUAUUUCCUAAGGCUCUAGAUGUAUUUUGAGUCGUAUUGACAAGAGAGAUAACUAGUGCUUACUAAUAUUAUACUGUUUUAUUACUUUUACCAUGGAGGGUGUAGAAGUAGAAGGUGAUACUGUGUUUGAACCUCAGGGCGAGUUUAGGGCACGUUCAAAUACGUGGCCUCUACCCCGCCCAGAUAACUUCAAUGAAAAAGAUGGAGAAAAAACUGGAGGAACGACAGUGGUCAAUGAACAGAGUCAAGGGUCACCACCAUCUGAUGUCACAGUUGGAGGUCAGCCACCUAAAAAAAGUUCAGCACGUCGCAAUGCAUGGGGAAAUAUGUCUUAUGCAGAUCUCAUCACACAGGCUAUCCAAAAUUCACAAGAUAAACGUUUGACUCUCUCUCAAAUAUAUGAUUGGAUGGUGCAGAAUGUUCCAUACUUCAAGGAUAAAGGAGACAGUAACAGCUCUGCUGGUUGGAAGAACUCCAUUCGCCACAACCUGUCCUUGCAUAGUCGUUUCAUGAGGAUACAGAACGAAGGUACUGGAAAAAGUUCGUGGUGGGUAAUUAACCCGGAUGCCAAGCCUGGGAAGUCCACGCGACGGAGAGCUACCAGUAUGGAAACUCAAAAGUACGAGAAGAAGCGUGGCCGAGUCAGAAAAAAAGUGGAAGCACUGCGAAAUGGAUUGGACGCUAGAUCUACAAGUCCCCCUUCUGCUGAAGGACUGGAUACCUUCCCCGAGUCUCCAUCACACCUAGGCUUCCAGUUAAGCCCAGACUUUCGUCCUCGAGCGUCAUCCAACGCAAGUUCGUGUGGGCGACUCUCCCCCAUCCCUGCUGUGGAAACAGACAUGCAUGAUAACCAAGUUCCGCGCUUGUCGCCAAUACCCUGGAUUCCAGACCUAGGACUGUUUAUGGAGUCAUCUACUAGUUUGGACAGGUAUUGUGCUGACCAACUUGGGAACUCCUUGGCUGAGACAGUGAAACUCGGGGAAGGAGAUAUGGGCUAUCUGUCGAAAAAUCAACCAGGAGAUUCGUCUCCAGCUAUUAGCCCUCUAAGCUCUUCCAACAACUUCAGCUUAAACAACUACCAGUACAAUAAACAAGCAAAUGGUGAUUAUAAAGCAUUUCACUCUACAGUGAGUGAUGACAAGGGCCUAACGGCAUUACAACCUCAUCAGCGAAGUCCACAGCAUAGUCCUCAGUUAACAGAAACCACCAACUUUCAGGGUCUGCCUUCUGGUCACUCAAGCCAGCAGCAGCAACUUCCAACUGUAUUGUCUGCCUUGCAGUCAUUCUCUCCUGGUCUCACCAAGCCCCAACUUUCUAUAAAAUUCUCGAAUUUACAAUGCACAUCCACUGGCCCAUCUAGCCCAAAGCAAAUCCCAAAAGAAGUUUCUAUACAGCAUUUAUCUCCUGGUCACUCCAGGCAGCAGCAACUUCCUAUAAAACUAUCUACCAUACAGCGUCUAUCUUCUGGUCACGCCACCCAACAGCAACACUCAGCAGAGAUGUCUACUGUACAGCAGUUAUCUCCUAGACAAACCAGCCAACAGCAGCUUACAACAGAACUGCCUACUUUGCACAUCAACCAGGAAGAACUCGCCAAAAAGCUAGCGAUUAUUCAAGCUUUGUCUACUGGCCAUUCUAACGAGCAGCAGCUCCCACAGUCUGACAUUUCUUUGAUGACAUCUCAAGACAACGUGGCAGCAUUAACUUCAGGUCAACUCUAUGUAGAUAAUUUCUUAAAUGGCAGUUCCAGUGGUCAAGUACCUGGACAAUUAAUGUCUCUACCCCAUCAGAAUGUGCUGCCAAAUGAUCUGGAUCUGAACAUGGACAUACUACAUGGCGAUCUUGAGUGUGAUGUAGAUCAGGUCAUUCGACAUGAAUUGAGUGUAGAUGGAAACCUUGACUUCAACUUCGAAGUGGUCAAUACGGCCAGCACCAGUGCUAGCACUGUGACGUCAUGCUCCCCUACUACAACGCCAGUAAAUCAAUGGGUACAUUGAACGAACGUUAACCCUAAAUAAAUUGGGAUUUUCCUAACAAGAAAUAACGUUACGUUUUAUAUAAGGUGCUUUGAUGUUACACAUCUUAAAAGCACAAAAUCAUCUGGAAAAAUCAAUGAUUGAUCAUUAAAUCAAUUUGUUUCCAGAAACAUUUUAGUGUCUAUUCAAAUUUAACAGUCUCUUGUAUUUACUAUAUGUUAACCCAUAGGUGACAUUAGUAUAGAUUAUUGAGAUUUUCCAGGUGAGACUAAUUUUCAGAGUCUAAUUGUAAUGUCUAAUAGUAACGUUUGUAUAUUGGAGAGUAUAUUUUUUGCGUCGUGAAAGCGUUUAAAACAACAUAUUAUUGUAUUCAGAGCUUUAUAUGGAUAAUAUGUAAUGAUCUUGAAUAGUUUUUGGCUGAAGACUUAUUUUCAUGUGACAUUUGUUUUUAACGGACUUUGUACUUGUGGGUUUUUUGUCUUCUUUAUUAUCAGUUGUUUCAGUUUUCUUUAACUUGGCUCUACUGUUCAUUGGCAAUACGAUCAGUUUGUUCGUGGGUAGGAAACCGUAGUUUUGAAUGUUAAGUUUGCUCCAGGUUUGUAAAUAAUUAUUCAGGCCUGUGAAAUUAGAACUGAAACUAGGUCUGUAAUAAAGAUAGGGGACAAAAACUCGGAUAAAUGACUCGUUAGUUAUUCUCUUUUCUACUAGGAGGUUUCUGUAGAGGGAUAUAUAGAACCAAAUGAACUCAUUGUUGGGAAAUAUUUCUACGUGUUCCUUCACAAGUGGCUGGCUAAUCAUGUACAUGUAUAUAAAUUCUGUGUAAAAGGGCUAUGUGGUUUAUAAAUAUUUCAGAUUAUAAUAUGGUAUUUUAAGACUAAUUUUAAUUUAAAUUGUCUGGUAUAUUAUGGUCGAAAUGUGCAGCAAAAGUUUAAAUUUCAGCUUCCGACGAAUUAGGUAUCGUAAAUAAUAGAGGGUGCUUAUUUUGAUAGAUGAUGAUUCCGGUAGGAGAUGCAUUUUUAAUUCGUGCAAUAAUAGAAUUUAAAGUUUAUGCUAAAGGAUUCGUUUAGAUCUACUUGAUACACCCAAUAUUUAUUCGUUGUCUAAAAUAGCUAAAACAGAAACAAUUAGGUAUAUAUAUAUAUAUAUA